UUUCAGCCACAAUGACUGGCAGCGGGAGUGACAGAGAACCCGUGGCUGUUUUACCAUCUCAUAUGGAUGAAGAAGCAAGUAAGCACCAGACUCAGACGCUGACCUUUGAAAACUCUGAUGAACCACCAUGUGUCUCAGCUGUACCUCAUCCAGAUGUCACCACCCCCCUGUGUGAAGACAGACACAAACACGAUAUGAACACCAAUGAAACUAUAAUGUCCCAGACAACAGUUACGAAGAGUGCACAGGACUAUCAGGAGUGUGGAAAAGAGGACAGCAUGGCUGAAGAAUUUAAAGGAGGCAUGGAGGUAUUGCACUUUCUACGAGAUUUGGAGAGAAGACCAGCAGACGACCAGACACCAAUACCAGACAUGGUCACCCAGUGUACAGUGCUGGAGCUAGCGCAUCAGAACAUUGACCACAUCCCUAACAACAUAGAUAGAUGCAUCAAUGUGAAGAGGAUCAAUCUGAGAGGGAACAAACUUUCGUCUCUUCCUUGGUCGUUGUCUCAGUUAAAACAUGUCACAUAUCUUAAUCUCAGUCGGAAUCAGUUCACAGAGCUCCCGGCCUCAGUGUGUGCUCUACCACAUAUAGGGAACCUGGACCUAAAGCAUAACAAGCUAUCCAGUCUUCCUCCCGAUUUUAGUAAGUUGACCACACUGAAGAGUUUAGACCUCGGGUGUAAUCAGUUCACAGAGCUCCCAGCCUCAGUGUGUGCUCUACCACAUAUAGAAAACCUGGACCUGUGGAAGAACAGACUAUCCAGUCUCCACACUGAUAUCAGUAAGUUGACCACACUGAAGAGAUUAAACCUUGGGGGUAAUCAGCUCACAGAGCUCCCAGGCUCACUGUGUACUCUACCACAUAUAGAGAACCUGGACCUACAUAAAAACAAGCUAUCCGGUCUCCCUGCUGAUAUCAGUAAAAUGACCACACUGAAGAGAUUAAGCCUCAAAUAUAAUCAGCUCACAGAGCUCCCAGUUUCAGUGUGUGCUCUACCACACAUAGAGAACCUGGACCUAGAGUUUAACAAGCUAUCCAAGCUCCCUUCUGAUGUCAGUUAUAUGACCGCACUGAAGUAUCUGAAUGUUUCCAGCAAUAAUAUUACACAUUUACCCCACCAGCUUGCUUCACUUACACUUCGUGAUCUGUGUGUGGACGAUAACCCCAUCCAGCAACCACCCAAGUCAGUGUGUGAGGCAGGACAAGACGCAAUACUCAGAUUCUUAACAGAACUCAAAGAAUCAAAAGCAGUCAAGUCUUGCAGAAUCCAAAUAAACAUCCUAGGAGAGACAGAAAGUGGGAAAACCAGUUUUGCGCGCUCCUUAAGGCAUGACACCCCUAUGUUGACUGAUAAGGCUGAUAGAACUAGAGUUGUGGAGCAAUCACUGUGGGAAAUUGAAAGGGGUGUCAGUUUUAACAUCAAUGACUUUGGAGGUCAUGAUGUGUACAGAGUUGGGCACCGUAUCUUCAUCUCACAGAACAGUAUAGUUCUUGUCACCUUUGACUUGUCGACCUAUGACACAAACAGCAGAUCACAUUUUGGACGACAUAUUGGAAUGUGGAUAGAUAUGGUGCAGUCCCAUAAUCCAGGGGUGACAAUUGCAUUAGUUGGUACACAUCGCGAUAAAACUAAUGAGUUGACCUGCAAGGCUGUCUGUGAAUCUAUUCAAGAAGCAAUCACACAUGAAAAGAUAUGCAGGCAAAAGUGGUAUGAAAGGCAAAUAAGAGAUCUCAAGGAAAAAAUACAGACCUCACAGAAAAACAGAAAUCAAGGUCUGAUUUCAGCAUACAAGGAGAAGAUAGAAUCACUGGAGAAUAUAAGAGGAUAUGAUGAAUCAAGAAUCCAUCAUUACAUUUUCAUGGUGAGUUCCAAGACCAAAGCAGGUUUAAGUGACCUUAAAGAUUAUCUAUCUACCCAAGCAAAGAAAAGAAGUGUUACCCUACCACAAGCCUGGCAUGGAGCAGCAAAGAUCAUCUAUGCAAAAAAAGAAAAUAAAGCUGAAAGCACCAUUUGCAGGGAAAAUAUAACACAAGCCAUACGAAACUCAGUUGAAGGUUUCAGAGGUACCAAAACAUUCUUAUGGAUGACAUUUCGUCAAAAACCAGAGGAUGAAGUAAAUGGUAUCCUUGCUUACCUUGCCAACAGAGGUGAUUUCAUCUGGUAUCCGAAUAGUCCAAUCCUUAGAAACACUAUCUUCCACAGACAGGACGUUCUAGCUGAUCUCCUCAAGGCAGUCCUCAACCACGAUAAGGAUAAAUUUGAGUUUCUAAAACAAAUCAUCGUCAGUGAACCAAUGGCAGAGAGAAUUAAAGAAGAUUUCAUCAUGAGAGGAAUUCUCUCUGUGCAGGUGAUGGAGGCUCUAUGGGAACCAUUUGGUUUGACAGCCAGAGAAACCAGUGCAAUGGUGGAGCUCAUGCAGAGGCUGGAAUUAUGCUUCAAGGCGAACGAGGGCAAAGAUGGUUACACGUUUCACUUUCCAUGGCUACUGGAACAAAGCCGCCCACCAAUCAUGGACACCAAGUGGCCUCACUCAGUACCACAGGACAGUACACAGCUUACCCUGAAUGUGUAUUUCCCAUAUCGCUGUCCUGAUGGUCUCUAUGAGAAAUUGUCAGUGCGCCUUCAUUCAACCCUGGGACACUUUCAGCCUAUGAGGAGAGACUGGAGAGAUGGGGUAUUUGUGGACAUGGCAUCACACUGCAUGCAAAUGACCAGAAGCCAGACGGACAGAGACUGGGUGAUCACCAUUGCUGUCCGAGGUCAACAUCUCCCAGACCUGUGGAGAACACUGCUCCAAAACCAUGAUCACCUUAUGGACAUCCUGGAGGAAGAUUGGCCUGGCUUACCACGUGACAAGUGCCUGGUGUGUCCUCACUGUACAAGUCUACAUGUAGAGCCCCCGACCCUGUUCCCUGAAUAUGACAAGCCUAUAAAUACUCCAAAAUCUCACUGGAACAACAUGAAAAUGCAGGCAGCAAACAGCCAUAUACCUAAAGAAGAGAGGAAGGACCCUACCAGUCACUGGUAA